GUAGUGCUCUGUGGCUGGCAGUUGAGAGGUAAAAGUCCAUAUGAAGCUCUGACAGGUAAUAAAUUCCAGGCUGUUCUCAGAGGGUAAGCACCGUGGAAGAGCGAUCGCAUCCUGGUACAGGACAAACAAGAAGUCACUGAGAGUCCUGGGCAAACAGAAAAGGACAACAGCAGGAAGAAGACGGGCAGCAGCUGGUGAGAGGACACAAUGGACAUCUUGCAGACAGAGGCCUAUUUCAGGAAGAAGGAACGCCACUCAUUUGGGGUGCUGCUCUUCAGCCUACUGCCUUUCCUCCUCUCCAGCGGGUUGUAUUUCUACCUAUGGCUGCCUGAGUCAAGCCCAUCUCCCCACUCGGCUGCAGUAAAAUGCAUUCCUGUUCUAACACUGUCCGCAAUGCUCUUCUGUCACAAAGGCUGCUCUUUAGGGCACCCUGGAGGAAAGCUGCUAGCUGGACUGCUGAUGUCUGCAGUGGGAGAUGUCUGCUUGAUUUGGAAGGAUCUUCUCCUGCCUGGUGUUGCCUUCUUCUCCCUUGCCCACAUUCUUUAUUCCCUGUCAUUUCUUAGUGUUCGGUCACGCAGACCCUCCUGGCUCCUCCUUCCAUGUCUUGCCCUCUGGAUCUUCACUGGCUGCGCCUACAUGUACUUUCUACCCCACCUCCAGGUACGGCCUGAUGCACAGUUAAUGGUCCCUGCUGUUGGCUUCUACUGCAUCCUCAUCACUAUAAUGACCAGCUUUGCCUUCAGGACCUCCCGACCACCUACAAUUGCCGGUUCACUCUUCUUCAUGGCUUCUGACUUCAUUCUGGCCCAUCAGCUGUUUGUGGCUCCUGCUCCCUGGGGAAGAAUGAUGAUCAUGAUCACCUACUAUUUGGCUCAGUUACUAAUAACAGUUGGGGGAGCUUUGGAGAAGCAAGAUUAUGACCUAUACUCUGGGGAGCGCAAUAAGAGGAAGAAAAAGUAGUCAGAAAAGGGAAGGAACCAUGAGAGGCAAUAAGGGUGUCCAAAAAUGGGGUGCAAGAACAACAAGCAAAGAGGAUGAAGGUGAUGUCUCAAGAAAACCAAAGGCAUUUAUAAAAAGAACACAGCUUUAUAGACCAAAAAACACAAAAACUAAAGACACACCUUUCUUUUGUAUUUUUGGCUGCCUUUUAAGAGAAGCAGAAGGCAGAAUGAACCUCUGGAAAUCUUAAGAUGUAUAGAGAUACUAGGACCCACCAACUCCUUUCAGGAUUGAUGUUUGGUAUUGCACAUUUUUUAAAAUUUUAGCUGCAGAGUGGAUACCCAGUUGCAAACAUGGAGGCCGACUGCCCUGUUACACAAAAUACUUGAAAUAAGGCCUUUGGGCAGCUUACCCAAAGAAAUUUUAUUUUAUUCCAGUAAAAUGGAUGCCUGGUAACAGUUGAAUUGGAAUUGCUUCUUUGUGUUUGUCUUCCUUUGCAUAUUCCACCCAUACUCUCAAAACACAAUGAUCAGAUUCACAGGCAAAUCUAAGCCAAGUCAAUAUAACUGAGUGUGGGAUACAACAGGUGCUUGAAAGGAUAGAUGGAAAAUGCUCCAUCUCUGAGCUAUGACUUCUAACACUUCCUCUCACUCAUCUAUCCAUUCCGGAAGCACCUGGUGCAAGACAGAACUGACCAUGGACAGGACCCUAGUGCAUCACAAGGCACAUUCACUCACUUACACUAGGCCAUGAUAGAGGCGGCAGUGAACUGAACCUCCAUGUCUUUCCUCUAAGUAUAGAAAACUCAUGCAGGUACAGGGAGAAAGACUUUCACUUCAACUUUUUCUAAUCAUCAAA